CCGGUCCAUGAUGUCUGACUCGAUGGAAAAGGUCAACUCGGCUGGCUUUUCUCGAAGCAGCCAUGAAGUGUUUCGUCAGCCGUACGAGCCAAGUACGACGACGGUGGCGGGAUCAUCCAACGCCUCGACACGGUCCGCCGGAAAGGUGUCUGAGGAAAAGAUAGAACAACCCUCCGAGGCGGUGCCCGAGAAGGCCGUUCUUCCCGAUCAGCUGGGAAGUGAGCUUAGCCGCAAGGUUCGUCACAAGUACGCAUCUUCGUACCGCAAAAUUUUUGGGUUCAUCUUUACGGCCAACCUGUCGGUGUUCCUCGCCUUCUUGAUAGACGCAAGGGGUUCCCCUGAGUCCCGCACUGUGGGUAAUGCGGCGUCGGCCAACCUGAUGGUGUCGAUCCUGUUCCGACAGGAAGAAUGGGUCAACGCGUGGUAUGAGUUGUUCACCUGCGUCCCGCACUCGUGGCCCCUCAGCAUCCGCAAGCGUUUGGCGAAGGUUUUCCACUACGGCGGCUGCCACAGCGGUGCAGGCACGGCAGCCGUGGUCUGGUACCUUCUGUACACAGUGCUGGCCACUAAAGAGUAUGUGGCAGAUCGGCAGAAGGACACUCUCGUCAACAUGAUCACGAGCUGGAUCCUGGUCUUCAUGUUCCUCGUCAUCUUGACAUCGGCCCACCCCGACAUUCGCCGCAAGUUCCACGACCACUUCGAGGCUUUCCACCGUUUCUCGGGCUGGACGGCGUUGGUGACGUUUUGGAUUCACAACAUCUUCUCGGGACGCAUCACGGCACGGCAAUGGGAGUCCACCCUGGGCUAUGUUUUGGUUCGCUCGCCCAACUUCUGGUUCAUCUGCAUCACGACGUUCUGCAACCUGGCCUCCUGGUCACGUCUCCGCCACCGUGUUGUCUACCCCGAGAAGUUGUCGGACCACGCCACCCGUUUGCAUUUCAAGUACCGCGGCAUGGCCCCCUUCUACGGACUCAAGCUCAGCGACAAGCCCAUGACGGAAUGGCAUGCAUUCGCUACCAUCCCCGACAUCGACCCCGAGUCCGGCAAGAUCAACGGCUUCAGCGUCGUCGUCAGCAACGCCGGCGACUGGACCAAGAAGCAAAUCAUGUCUCCCAACGAGCGCAAGCUGUGGGUUCGUGGCGCCCCUCUCCAUGGUCUGCUCUACACUUCGCGCCUCUUCAAGAGUAUUGUUGUCGUUGCCACCGGCUCCGGAAUCGGCCCUUGUCUCUCCCUGCUCUUUGCCGACGUCACACCCCGUCGUGUGCUCUGGAGCGCUAGGAAGCCACUCCAAACCUACGGUCCCAAGGUUGUGUCCGAGGUGCAGAGAGCGGACCCCAAUGCCGUCAUUUGGGAUACCACCGAGAGGGGGUACCCCAACAUCGUCGAGGAGACGUACCAGCUAGUCCACGAGUCCAAUGCCGAGGCUGUCUUCAUCAUCUCGAACCCAAAGGUCACAGAGAAGGUCGUCUUUGGCAUGCAGACUCGGGGUGUUCCCGCGUACGGCGCCAUCUUCGAUUCUUAA